ACUGCAUUAGACCAUUUUAAAUAAACCGUUCAUUGGUGAAGGUAGCGUCUAUUUUCACAUUGCGAUUAAUAUUCUCUUAAUACAGCGAGAAAGCAAAUAUUGUACAGUGAAAACAUAAGCUCCGCUAACAACUAAAUACAAUGACAUCCACCGAACUGAAAAUUGGCUUGACCGCCACCACCCGUCCAUCUAGCCGCGUCCUGCAACCACCUGGUGGGGGACACACCAACAUCUUUUCGGAACCAGAAGUAUCGGUGAAUGCACCGCGUCCCAAAUACAAUCAACAAAACUCUUCCAAUAUGAAUGCGUGCAUGGGUUCGACGGAUGCCAACAAGGUGGUCGAGAAGAUUCGUGAGGAGGUGGUUAACCAGAAGGAAGAACAAAAAGCAUCACCACCAGCACCCGUCAACUCGUCCAAAGAGACCAAUGGUGGUGGCAACAACAAGGUGACGACGAAUGAGUCACGUGGCCGAGUUCCACCCGGCGGUUACUCAUCCGGCGGCUUCUGGUAGAACCGGAGAGGAGGAGGCAGAGGCACAGACAGGGGAAGAUGAAGAUGGGCUGCCAAGCAUUUAAUGACACACACUCAUAAAAAAUAUGUAUACACACACUCACACCAAGACAUCCUCAAGCCCAUUUAACAUUUAUAAAUAUAAAUCGCUUAAUAUACACAAUUUAUCUAUACAUAGCAUAUACGACCAUAUUCAUAUUCCAAAUUGCCUACGAUGCAAAAUGUUAAAAUAAUUCAUUACUUUAUAUAACUAUCGCCCGCUAUCUGCUAUUUGGCAUUACGUGUUUGUUUUUGUUUUAAUAUUUGAAAACGUCUAACGCAAUUGUUUAAACUUUAAGUAACUUGCGAUUCCGCCCUAACUGGAGGAAAAAACAUCCCCAACAAAUGUACAAACCAUACAAUAAUGGAAGAUGCCCAAUUUUGUAUUUGUACUUCCAAUUGAUUUGUAAAAUGGUCUGUACAAUUUUUCCUACAUUUUCUAAUUACAUAUAUAUUAUUGCAAAAAAAUAAAUAAAAAUAAACUUAA